AGUUAGACAUUAAUUACUGCCAAUUUAGACUCGCAUAAUUCAAACGAUACUUGCGCACAUCUUAACUAAUGCUAACGUUAGCCAGCUAGCCAAGCCAGCUGUUUAACUACCGCGUUCCCCGUCUUCCCCCCAAGCGGACAUUAACAGUAUUUCCAUGGAGCAGGGUAAAAGCUGGAUCCUGACCGGCGCUACUGUCGCAUGUGUCGCCGCUCUCUAUGCGCCCUGCGUACAGAGAACCGUGCCCGGGGGAGACUCAGGAGAGCUGAUCACCACUGCUUGUGAGCUGGGGGUGGCUCACCCUCCAGGCUACCCUCUCUUCACCUUGUUAGCCCGGCUGGCCAUGUCUCUUCUGCCUGCCCUUUCUGCAGCCCACAAUGUCAACCUAAUUAGCAGCCUAUUGGGGGCGGCAGCGAGUGGGACCCUCUGCUUCACUGUCUGUAGGUUGGUAGGGCCGGGCCCAGGAGCAGUGCUUGCUGGAGGGAUAUUUGCCGUAUCAAGGCUCAGUUGGCAGUGGUCCAUGGUGGCAGAGGUCUUCACUCUCAACAACCUCUUUGUUGGUCUGCUCUUUGCCUUGUCUGCCUGCUUUCACUCUGCUGAAAAUGCCCCCCAGAGGAGGAAGCUUGCCCAUUGGGGGGCACUGUGCUGUGGCUUGGGGCUGUGUAACCAGCACACCUUGGUGCUGUAUGUACUGGUCAUCAUUCCCUGGGUUCUGUACCGACUUUACUCUCAAAGGGAGCUGUCUUUGCGUGACCUGAUGUCUCUGGGAGUGUGUUUCUUGGGUGGAUUUCUGCCGUACAUCUACCUGCCCAUCUCCUCUUACCUCAACACAGCCCGCUGGAGCUGGGGAGACCAGACCUCUUUGUCUGGCUUGCUUACCCACCUGCUAAGGGCUGAAUAUGGCACGUUCAGUCUGGCAAAGACGGAGGGCUCUGUGAACCUGACCACCAUGCUGCAGGCCCAGCUGGACCACUGCCUGGCAGACCUGUCCCUCCCCAUCCUGGUUCUGGCUGGACUGGGCCUGCUCCUCUCCUCACAGGAUAGGAGGUGUUGUUCCGUGUCCUGGUUGUUGAUCGCCAUGCUUCUGAUCUACUCGUUGUUUUUUGCUUGGAGAGCCAAUCUGGAUAUUAGCAGACCCCUUUUGCUGGGAGUGGUUGAGCGUUUUUGGCUACAGAGUGAUGCUGCAGUGUGUGUGCUGGCGGGCCUAGGCCUAAGCCAGACACACAUCAAGCUGGAGAGGAGGCUGGGCCGUGGUGGGCUGUGGAAGGGUAUGGGCUGGGUCCUCACCAUGGCUCUGCUAGCACACAUGACACACUCCAACUGUAGGGAGUGUGAUCAGAGUGGUAACACUGUGGUGGAGAGGUUUGGAAGGGAAGUUCUGGCCUCAGUCCCAUCAGACUCCAUCAUUCUGACCAGAGGAGAUCUGCCAGGAAACUCCCUGCGCUACCUGCACUACUGCCAGGGUGUACGGCCUGACGUAAGCCUCGUCGACCAGGAGAUGAUGACGUACGCUUGGUAUGUGGCCAAGCUUGGGCAGCACCAUCCAGGGGUACAAUUCCCUGGUCGUUGGUGGGACCCGGUCCACGCUGAGGAGAAGGACACCUUCAGCCUGGAACAGUUCCUCUCCCACAACUCACACAGGACUAUGAUUGCCUGCAUUGGGCUGCCUGAUGGGGACCCCAGCUGGAAACGGAGAUUCUCUCGCUGGCCCUUCGGUGUGUGUGACCAAUUGGUGCCUGUCCAAAGGCACUUCCACCCUGAAAAUUGGGCACAACAUACCCGGAACCUCUACAAUUGGAGUGAGCCACACAACAGUUUCGAUCCUGGAUCCUGGGAGCGUGUGGCUAAUGAGGAGAUGUGGCAAGCCAGGAUGAAGACGGCUUUCUUUCUGUUUGACCUGGCAGAAGGGAUGCAAGGAGAGGGGAAAGCUCGACUCUUUGAGCUCUCUUAUACCCUCUAUAAGGAGAUCGUGGAAGCCUAUGCGGACUACCCUCCCAACUGGGACAAGAAUCUGGCGCUGUCCUGUGAGAGGCUCCUCCAUGCAAAGCACCAUGGCCACAGCCCAGAAAGCCUGCUGACCUGCAGCACCCACCACUUCAAUCUCUACCUGAAGAAGGAGCCCAUGGAUCCCCAGGCUCCUGCCAUCCGCUCUGCUGUCACACACCUGCUCCGGGAGAGGGACCGAGUCCGUCAGAGCCAGAAGAGAACUUCCUGACCAAGUCGAGAGAGAUAGACUUGGAGUUGGCACACUGAGGAGAGUGCUUCCAACCCAGCCCAUGUGCAAAUGAACCAGGGUCGAAAA